AACUGCAAACUUUGACGCGGCGCGUGAUUAGGAUCUGAAGCAGUGACCCACGAUCCUCCAUUAUCACAAACUGGGUCCAUCAUCCUUGGUCCGUCCAACGGACAUCCCAGUAUUCCUCUUAUUUUCCAUUAUUCGAUAAGUAUUACUUUUACUCGUCGUUGACGGCGCUGGCAGGAUGAAUUCUCUGGCUUACCUGUCGCGCCAGUUCGACGUCCUUGCCUCUUCCAGGACGCCGCCGUCGACCCCGACGACGUCCGAACAGCCUCAACCUUUCCAUCCCGACCGACGCAGUCCAUCCGCUACGGAGACGCCGCUGCCGCGUGUGAAGCCUUGGUCCACAAAGUCCUUUCUCUUUUCGCCCCAGGAAAACUCUACCCCAACGAAACGUUCGUAUUCGUUUCCUUCCCAUUUCAUAUCCUUUGCAAAGCGGGCUACUCAUCCUCACCCUGAUUCGCCGCCCACUGUCUCGAUAGACAUGCAGGUCGUACCCAAGGAGUCCCUCAACACCCUCAUUCAUCGCAUAUUCCUCGUUCGGGUCCUUGUCCUCGCUUGGGACGCCCUGCAGACUGUCUGGACGUCCUGGAUCGAAUCGCGCGGGGCUCAGGGUCGCCAGCCGAUGUCGAUUCAGGUCGUUGCCGCGUCAUCGGAGAAGGACAGCACAGAUGAGGACACAGAUGAUGCCUCUUCUCCUCUCCAUCUCUUGCCAGCAAAGCCAGCUCCAUCUCUCCUUCAAACUCCCCUCUUUCCGUCCCUCAGUCGUUCAUAUGUCGAUUCGGCCGUUCUCGAUGCCAGGUCUUCGUCGCUGCCUUCGCCUCUUCCCCAACCGCCAGAGAUCUCUUCGGCUACUCAUUCUCGCUCAUCAACACCCAGCCUUACUACCCGAAAGACUCCGUUCCAUCUCCCUAAAACCCUCGUUCUUGAUCUCGAUGAAACUCUCAUCCAUUCAACGUCACGGCCUAUGCCCGCUUCGUCCAGUGGCUCUGGCUUUUUCGGCCUAAGCGCCUUUACCAGGCGGAACAAGAGCUCCGGACAUGUGGUGGAGGUUGUUAUGGGUGGGCGCAGCACACUAUAUCAUGUGUACAAGAGGCCUUUUGUAGACUUCUUUUUGCGCACGGUUUCGGGAUGGUACACACUGGUAAUAUUUACUGCAUCAAUGCAAGAAUACGCAGAUCCCGUCAUCGACUGGCUAGAUGCUGGCCGGGGGAUACUUUCAACUCGGUUAUUUAGAGACUCAUGUACUCAACUACCUAAUGGUUCCUACACCAAGGAUCUUUCAGUCGUAGAGGGUGACCUAGCACGGGUCUGUCUUGUCGACAACUCGCCUAUAAGUUAUCGUGUAAAUGAAGCUAAUGGAAUCCCGAUAGAAGGGUGGACUCACGAUCCUUCAGAUGAGGCCUUAUUGGACCUUCUUCCUGUUCUUGACUCUCUACGCUUUACAUCGGACGUUCGUCGUGUGUUAGGCCUCCGUUGUGUAGGCGGAUCCUCCUCAUGACGCUUUAAUCAUAUUACUCUGUAGAAUUAUUAUCCGGGUGCUAGUCUUCGUUCUUCGCAUUCCAAUUAUAGCGUACUUCGGGCAUCUUCAUCGUCGAUACCAAUAGCAAAGACAGCAACGUCCUUAACUUAUGUAAAUUCUGUACAUCAAAAUGUAUCCGCUUCAUCUUGUCUGAGUUCGCCUCUUCAGUAUCGC